AUGGGGACAGAGGAGUGGCGUACUCGUGACAGACACACAGCUGACGAUCUGGCGUCCGAAAGAUUCACGCUGGGGAUGAGUGUCUAUAUCGACGACUUGGACGAUGUGCCAGCUGCACACCGACGAGAUGUCCCUGGCAAACCGCAGGAGUUCAAGAACAUGUGGCAUCUUUACGUGGGGAAGGACAGCGGGUUGAUCCACAUCCAGGCGAGGCCGCCCUCUGGACGAGAUACUAUUCAGGAGGGCGCGGCCCCAGAGGGGCCAUGUUCACGAAUCGGGGCGUUUCAUGGGUAUAGGGGCAGUGAGCAACACCAGAAGCUCCGCCAGCGCAUCGAGGUGGAAUACGAGGUGUAUGAUGUGGAUGAGCAACUCGCUUGCUCAACUCGAGAAGAGGAUACUCAGCGUGUAGCACAGUUAGAUCAAGCAGCGGAGAUGAUGAAAGUAGUGGCUACGUACACUCACAUCUGA